AUGGAGGCGGCUGCUUCUGGUGCGGAGACUUCUGCUGUGUCUACCAGUGCUCUUCACGACGGAAGUUUUGACGGCGUUAGUAUUGACGACGUUGCUGGAUUCGCUGGAGACCUCGGCGCGUCGCUGCAGGAGGUGCUUUCCACGGAGACCUCCAGCGGGACACAUGACGUUUGCGCGGAGGAGGAGGAAACCUUGUUGGACGUUGGUAGCGAAUAUGGAGUUAGGCGCGACACCACGCCGAGCGGAAAAUCAGCUCGUAACGACCUGGAGCUGGCGAAUGUCGACACAACUUAUCGCCUCCAGCUGGUUCAGCCCCCCCCGUGUGCGCCAGGUCUGCAGGAGAUCUUGAAGCUUCACGAAAGACUCAACGGCCUGGUGUUUCCCAACCUCGAAGACGGGUCAGGAGAGUACGGGGACAAAACAUGGCGGAAAGGGUUUGAGAUGGUCGAGGAGGCCGUCGGAUGCGGAUACGCUCUGCAGAUGAACAAAAAAUCGAAGCUCUUCACGAAGGCCUCCGAGUCGACGUCUGGGAGGCGCAACAGGUACAACUGCGUGCAGAUCAAGUGUAUCCAUUCGGGGCAACCGAGAGAGACCGCGAAAACCGCGGAUGUCCACGCUCGCAAGAAGACAUCCACCAAGAAGUUCGGAUGCAAGUGGGGGCUUUCCCUGUACUGGGGCGCCAACAGCGAUGCGCCGAGCCUUGGCAAGGACGUUUGCCUGCGGCACACGUACCAGGGUUCGGAAGGAAUCGAGCACGACCCCCCGCGCGUUAUCGAGAACGAGAUGACCAGGGAGGAUCUCGAAGCAGAAUCCGCCAACAUGAAGAAGAUGCACGAGAAAGGCGUCAAAACGGCGGAGAUCUACGAAUACCUGCAAGAAACGGGAAAGAGGCUGGGAGGCAGGAAAACAGAUGCUGCGUCUCAUGAGGGCGCCGUUCGACAAGGACAAGCAGAACAGCCGCGGUGGUUUGAACGACGCCCAGCAGUUGCUUUACCAGCUCGAGGAGGACGGCGCUUUCAAGAACUUCAAGCUCGACGAGGAGAACCGCCUGACGGACAUUGCUUGGGCACACGAGGAGCAGCGGCGCAACGCGGAGAAAUACUUUCCCAUCAUCGUAUCAGACACCACAUUCAACACCAGCAAGUGGCAUUCAUAGUGGUGGUAGACAAGGAAAACCUCACGCAAAUUGCGAUGCAGGCGCUGUUGGAAACCGAGAAGCACGAAUCCUUCGUGUUCUUGAUGGAGUCCUUCAAGAAGCUCAUCCGCGGAAGCAGCCCACAGGUGAUCUUCACGGACACAGAUCAGUCAGAGAUGUCGGCCAUCGCGCAGGUCUUUCCGGGGGCGCUAAACAAGCUGUGCUACUGGCACACGGAGCAGAACGUGAAGGAGCAUGGGAAGGGACUUCCGCAGGCUGUCAUCCAGGGAGUGCUGCGAAAGUUCAAGGCAGCGGCAUACGCGCCAACGGUCGGGGCUUUCGUCGAGGCAAAAACGGAGCUCCUCGCGAUGUUGGACCCUGAGAGCAGAAUGUAUAAGUACAUGGCACGAGACAUCUUCAGCCCAGGCGGGCUGGCAGGUGGGCGGCAUUUGUCCACCCUGGGCUUCACACCCUCGGCAUUGCCUCCACGCAGCGGGUGGAAUCCAUGA